UUUUUCUUUGGAUUUUCUUUCUCUCCCCGUUCCCUCUGUGACUCUCUCUCUACUUUACUCUUUGAAUUUUCAAAUACAAAACUUUUAUCUGAGUAUCUGUGACUGAUUUUCUCUCACACACAAAAAGUCAGCCAACCCAAAGCAGAGUUUGUGUUCAUAAUCAUCAUCAAAGAUCAUCAAACACUCAAAAAGUCUCAAACUUUCCCUUUCAUUGAUUCAUCCACCUCCAUUCUGUGCUCAAUAAAAGCAAAUACUGACAUCUUUCCCGCCAUCUCAACCCCACCAAAACCAAACAUGGCCAUGGACCUGGCCGUGUCAGAGCUAAGAGCACCGAAGCCAAUUGGGUUCAAAAGGAGGCCGGUGGUUCAAUGCAUCAUCACAGCCCUAUUUAAUGCCCACUGUGUUGAUGCAUGGAUCAGCAGGGAAGAUAAGUACCACAAUAGAAGGAAAGCAACGUAUUUGAUGGUAUGAAAAAGGAAAGGAAAAAAAAAAGCUAGAAGAGAGAGUUAACAGAGGGAACGGACUACGGAGAGAGAAAAAAAAGAAAAAAUCCAAAGAAAGGAGAGGAAUGUUAUAUAAUUUGAAGGAGAACCACGUGGCAUGAUUUCAUUGGCUGGCGUACGGACCGAAUUUAAUCUCUUAUCGAGAUCUUUAAAACUCCCUUAGCUUUCUAGGGUUUAAGCGCUCUUUCUCUCUCUCUCUCUCUCUCUACAGCGUAAACCAUGGAGGACAACACAACCCCAGCAGCCCCAGCUCCAGCUCCAGCUCCAAUGUGGAGCAGCAUAGUGAAGAGCCAACCAGCUCCAAAGCCCAACCCCGAAACCCCAGUCCCUUCAACCGGAGUCUUCGUCGUCGACAACAACAACAACAACUGCAACUCCACAAAGGGCAUAGCGGUGGCCGUAGUCGAUGCCAACGCCUUAAUCGAAGGCGGCGAUAAACUCACCCGCAGUGCCGACAAGUUGGUCACCGUCCCUGAGGUCAUGGCCGAGGUCCGUGACCCUGCCUCCCGUCACCGCCUCUCCUUCCUCCUCCCUUCCUCCCUCCACUCCAUGGACCCCUCCCCCGACUCUCUCAACAAAGUGAUAAAGUUUGCGAGGGCGACCGGUGACUUACAGACGCUAUCAGAUGUUGAUUUAAAAUUGAUUGCAUUGACUUAUACAUUGGAGGCUCAGAUUCAUGGGACCAAACAUAUUAGGGACUGUCCUCCACCUGUCCAUGUGGUCAAUGCGAAAAGAUUACCUGAGAAGGAAUUGCCAGGCUGGGGUUCCAAUGUGCCCAAUUUGGGAGAAUGGGAAGCAUUAGAACGUGCAUCGGUUGCGGUUGGGGAUGGUGGUAUGUCAAAUUCCAAUUCGAGAAUCCUACCUUUGCAGGACUUGAACUUGAAUGUUGUGGAUGAUAAGGAGUUGGAGGAUGGUUUGAAGGUUGGUUCUGAGAAUCAAGAGGGUGAGGUGGAAGGUGGUGUAAGUGGGGUGAGGCCUAGGAGAUUUUUGCCAAAGAAGAAAGAGGUAACGAUUGAAGGGAAGAAGAUGGUUGCGAGUGGCAUUGAUGCGUCUCAAGGAGAGUUUGAUGAGGAUGCUGGUGAUUGGAUGCCUGCUGUUAGUCGAAGUACUCAUAGACGGUUUCUUAGAAGGAAAGCUAGGCGUGAACAUUAUGAGGCGAUGGCUGAAAAGGAUGCUCAAGAGGAUGCUGAAAAAACUAGGGAUAUCAAUGUUGUUGAGGAUGGUAGAAGCUUGGAAAAUGAGAUUAAGGAGGGGGAGAAUGGUGAUGAAAGUUUAUCUACAAUUUUGGAACAAAUGAGGUUGGAAGAAGAAGAAGAAGACACGUCGAAUGGUCUUCUUCCAGAGGGGAAUGAGCUGGACAUAUCUUCUGAGAGGCUUGGAUCCAGCAAUCCUGAAUUAGCAGGGGCUUCGUUUGAGAGCAAUGAAGCUGAGGUAGAUGGUGAAGAUGAGGUUGAUAUGGUUAAUGAAGGAUUGGAUCAUGUGGAGAUGUCAAGCCAGGCCGAUGAAAGUGUUGAUGCAUCCUAUGCUGAUGAUGGUAGUAGUGAGCAAAGCUGGAUGCUGAGAUCGUUGUCUGAGUCCAGUGUGGCCUGUGUAACUAGUGACUUCGCAAUGCAAAAUGUUCUUCUACAGAUGGGUUUACGCUUGCUGGCACCUGGAGGAAUGCAGAUACGACAGCUGCACAGGUGGAUUCUGAAAUGCCAUGCAUGCUAUACAGUGACUGCGGAGAUUGGGAGGAUAUUCUGCCCAAAGUGUGGAAAUGGUGGCACUUUACGCAAGGUAGCUGUUACAGUAGGUGAAAAUGGAAUUGUUUUAGCAGAUCGUCGGCCACGGAUUAGAUUGCGUGGCACUAAAUUUUCACUGCCUUUACCCCAGGGUGGAAGGGAGGCCAUUACCAAGAACCUCAUCUUGCGUGAAGAUCAACUCCCACAAAAGUUUCUUCAUCCCAAGACAAAGAAGAAAAUGAAUAAGCAGGGAGACGACAUCUUCACUGCAGAUGACUUUGGCCGCCAUGUUGAUAAAAGAGCCCCCUUGCAGCCUCCUAUAAGAAAGGCAUUAGCAGUUUUCAGUGGAAAGAGGAAUCCUAAUGACAACCAUUUUUCUCGUUCUAAGCAUUAGUUGGUUAACUGAAAUUUUGUUCUCUCUGUAUUCUUGGAAAAUGUAUCAAAACUGGUUUUGAUAUUUAAAAGUUUAAUGCCACCAAAGUGGUGAAAGCUUUGUCGUGUUGAGUGAGACCUCUAGUGGACUGUCACCUAUGAUUACUAUGUUCUAUAGAUAUUUUGCUUAAAAUGUGAGCACAGUUUUGGUCA